GGACGCGCGCGCGCGCGGAAGCCUUCGGCGGGAGGCGGCGGGAGGCGGGAUGUGCUCCCUCGCGCUGUUCCCGCCGCCGCCGCCCCCCGGGGACGUCACCUUGUGCGAGAGCAACAACGCGCUGGUGAGCGCGCGGGAGCGGCUCCCGCUGCCCCUGCACAGCCAGCUCUCGGACCUGCCCAUCCUCAGCCUGCCCCGGGACACGCUCAAGGCUCACACGCGGCCGGAGCUCAGCACCCGCCCGGCCUUCAUCCACCACCGGGAGACCCUGUGGAAGAGGUGCCUCAGUGCCUGGCGGGACGUGGGGCUCUGCGGGGUGCUGAAGGAGAUCAGCAGUGCCGAGGAGGAGGGGCUGCAAUGGGUGAAGACGGGCUCCAGCUACGUGCUGGCCGUGUGCCACUGGCUCUCCUCGCUGCACGGCUCCUUGUUCCCACACCUCUCCCUGACCAGCGAGGACAUGAUCGCUGCCUUCUCCCAGGCCGUGGACUGGGCCGGCUGCACCAUCCGGGCCUUCGCCUGGCACCCCCACACCAGCAAGUUCGCUGUGGCUCUGCUGGACGACUCCAUCCGGGUCUACAACUCCAGCAGGUCUCGCUGCUCGCCCCGGGCAUGCCGAGCCCUCCUCAGGAGAAGACUCUGCCGCCUGGUCCUGCGGCCCUGCCCGUGGGGUUUCAAGCCAGCGAGUGGCAUGUCCCGGCGCGGGGCCGGGCUGCGGGCGGCGCACGGGCAGCUCCAUCCCUCGAGCGCCACCAUCCCCUCGCUGAAGCAUCGCCUGCAGAGGAACGUGGCUGCCAUGGCCUGGAAGCCGCUCUGCGCCUCCAUCCUCGCCGUCGCCUGCCAGAGCUGUGUCCUGGUGUGGCACCUGGAUCCCACCUCCCUCUCCACAAGGCCCUCAUCCGGCUGCGCUCAGGUGCUGUCCUACCCCGGGCACAGCCCCGUCACCAGCCUGGCCUGGGCGCCCAGCGGGGAGCUCCUGCUCUCGGCGUCGCCGGUCGACACGGCCAUGCUGGUUUGGGACGUGUCCACUGAAAACUGUGUCCAGCUGCAGUGGUUUGGGGGGGGAGGUGUCACCUAUUUGGCCUGGUCACCCGAUGGCAGCAAGGUCCUGGCAGCCACCCCCUCGGCGGUAUUCAGAGUGUGGGAGGCGCAGAUGUGGACGUGCGAGCGGUGGCCCACCAUCACCGGGCGCUGCCAGACGGGGUGCUGGAGCCCUGACGGCAGCCGCCUGCUCUUCACCGUGCUGGGGGAGUCCGUCAUCUACUCCCUGUCCUUCUCGGAGUACCGGGGGGAGAUGCAGGGCCAAGUGGGAGGCUCAAAAACAGCUUCGAUCGUGGCAGAUCUGUCCGAGACCACCUUCGAGACGCUCUAUGGGGAGGAGAGGGUCGGAGGAGAGGUUCACUCCAUGGUGUGGGACCCCACGGGCGAGAGGCUCGCGGCCAUCAUCAGAGGCAGUCCCGAUGCUCCCGGGAGCCAGACGGUCGUUGCCCUGUUCCGCACCCGCAACAGCCCCGUGUUCGAGCUCCUGCCCUGCGGGUUCCUGCGGGGCGAGCGCGAUGCCCGGCCCCAGCUCAUCGCCUUCCACCCCUGCUUCAAGAAGGGAGCCCUCCUGACCGUGUGCUGGUCCACGGGGACGAUCAGCCACAUCCCCUUGUUCUUCGUCAGUGCCCACGGCCCCUGCGCCAGCCCCAGCCCUGUCCUGGCCAGCACCAGCGUGCGGGAGCAGCCCCUCUUCUCGGAGCUGUGAUGGGAUCCGCAUCCUCCUCCUCCUCCUCCAGGGACACAGCGUGGCCUCAGGUGCCUUCGAUACCUCCUCAAGGUCUCAAAGCUGGCAGGGCUGUGAUUAAAGCUGGCUCUUCCUUUCCAA